UGACGGGGCGCGCCAAUGCGCACUGGAGCCGCGGCGGCUGCGAGCGCACAGAGGCGGCCGGGGGAAGGCAAGGGCACUUCGGCCAUCCGCGGCGCAGGCAGAACCACUUCUGAAGAUCGCAUCACCUCUUUGACCAAACGAUCGGGGCUCGUCCGGCGACUCUGGAGGAGCCGUGCGCCUGUCGAGGGCGACGGGGAGGCGGAUACUCGAACGCAUGGAUCCAAGGGCUGCUGCAUGGGCAAAUCGACUAAGGUUUCCAAAUCUAACCCUGGAGCGGAGGCUGAAUUAAAAGUAUUGACCCACUCGAUCCUGAAAAAAAUCAAAGAGAAACAAUUAGAGGCGCUUUUGCAGGCGGUGGAGUCGAAGGGGGGCGUCAGGAGCCCCUGUCUUCUCCUGCCCAGCAAAGUGGACUCCAAACUGGGUCAGCACUCGUACUCGCUCCCUUUGCUGCUCUAUAAAGUGUUCAGGUGGCCGGAUCUCAGGCACUCUUCGGAAUUAAAGAGGCUUUCUUGCUGUGAAUCCUAUGGGAAAAUUAACCCAGAACUUGUUUGCUGCAAUCCGCACCAUAUGAGUCGGCUUUGUGAAUUAGAGUCCCCCCCGCCUCCCUAUUCACGAUACCCCGUGGACUUUUUAAAACCACCAGAUUCUCCAGACCCUGUGCCUUCUUCCACUGAAACUGGGGAGACAAACUACUCGGCCCCUGUGGGGCUCUCAGAUUCCCAGGCUCGCCAGCAGUCGGGAGAGCGCGCGCACUGGUGUGUGGUAGCAUACUGGGAGGAGAAGACCCGCGUUGGGCGCCUUUACUCGGUCCAGGAGCCCUCCCUGGACAUCUUCUACGACCUACCUCAGGGGAACGGCUUCUGCCUCGGGCAGCUGUGCUCGGAGAACAAGAGCCAGCUGGUGCAGAUGGUGCGCAGCAAGAUCGGCUACGGCAUCCAGCUGACGCGCGAGCAGGACGGCGUGUGGGUCUACAACCGCAGCUGCUACCCCAUCUUCAUCAAGUCGGCCACACUGGACAAUCCCGACUCGCGGACGCUGCUGGUGCACAAGGUGUUCCCCGGCUUCUCUAUCAAGGCCUUCGACUACGAGAAGGCGGGCAGCCUGCGGCGGCCCAACGACCACGAGUUCACGCAGCAGCCUCGUACAGGCUUCACUGUACAGAUCAGCUUCGUCAAGGGCUGGGGCCAGUGUUACACACGGCAGUUUAUUAGCAGCUGCCCCUGCUGGCUGGAGGUCAUAUUCAACACCCGAUAGCGGCGGCAACCUCUCUCCCAGCUCCUCUACCAAUUUUUUUGUUUUUUUGAGGGGGGGGCUUCAGAAGAAGAAGUAGGGAGGGGGGGGGCAGUAUGAACUCUUGUUCGACAAAUGACAAAAAAUUUAAUUAAGUGAAACAAAAACAGAAAUGUAUUUUAUGUUAUAUAUAAAUAUAUUAUUACUUGUAAAUAUGAAGACGUUUUAUAUGCAUCAUUAUUUAUGUAUUGUGCAAUGUGUUGAUUUAAAAAAAAAAUAAAAUGCACUUUGCUUAAUAUAAAUGCAAAACAAGGAAAUGCCAAA